ACUGCCAGCCUCUCUGUGGGCUUCACGUGACCCGGCUCUUGGCUGGCUGGUUGGCAAAGGCAGGCUGCUGGAGUAGCAGCAGUGGUGGCUAGAGGUGGGCGAGGGAUGCAGCCCGGCGUGCCAUGCUGUUCAACUCCCUGCUGAAGCUUGUGCAGAGACAGACCUAUACCUGCCUGUCCCACAGGUAUGGGCUCUAUCUCUGCUUCGGGGGCAUGGUCCUGAUGAUCGUCUCCGCCCUGCAGUUUGGAGAGGUUGUGCUGGAGUGGAGUCGGGACCAGUACCAUGUAUUAUUCGACAGUUAUAGAGAUAACAUUGCCGGCAAAUCCUUUCAAAAUCGGCUCUGUCUUCCCAUGCCUAUUGAUGUAGUGUACACUUGGGUGAACGGCACUGAUCCAGAACUGGUAAAACAACUAAAAGCCUAUCGGGAAAAAAUAGAAGAAGAGCAAAGAGUUUUAAGAGAUGCGCUCGGAAGAAACAAAACUGAGCCAACGAAGAAAAGUUCUAGUGAUAAAGAGCUGGAAUGCCUGCUCACACAUUGUAUCAAGGUCCCAAUGCUAAUUCUGGAUCCAUCCCUACCUGCCAAUAUCACCCUAAAGAAGCUGCAAUCAUCCCAACCUUACUUCCACUCUGCAAAUAAAGUAUUUCAUGUGGCAAAACCCAAGAAUCCGGCUACUAAUGUCACUGUCAUUGUCUUUGAGACGCAUCAGGAAGCUGAAAAUGCACAAUUGAAUGCCAUAAUGGAUAGCAGCAAGGAAACCGUGUGGAGAGGAUAUUUGACCACUGAUAAAGAAGCUCCCGGCUUAGUGCUAAUGCAAGACCUGGCAUUCCUUAGCGGAUUCCCACCAACAUUUAAGGAGACAGAGCAGUUACGAACAAAACUACCGGAGACGUUGUCAUCAAAAAUAAAACUGUUGCAACUGUAUUCCGAAGCAAGCGUUGCACUCCUGCAGUUGAAUAAUCCCAAAGAUUUUCAAGAGCUCAACAUACAGUCGAAGAAAAAUAUGACUAUAGAAGGGAAGGAGCUAACUUUAAAUCCAGCUUACUUGCUGUGGGAUCUCAGUGCCGUCAGCCAGCUUAAACAGGAUGAAGACAUUUCAGCUAGUCGAUUUGAAGAUAAUGAGGAGCUGCGGUAUUCGCUGAGAUCGAUAGAGAAAUUUGCGCCAUGGGUGCGUCAUAUUUUUAUUGUAACGAAUGGACAGAUCCCCUCCUGGCUGAACCUUGACAAUCCACGGGUCACUAUUGUAACCCACCAUGAUAUUUUCUUGAACACAAGUCAUUUGCCUACCUUCAGUUCUCCUGCUAUUGAAAGCCAUAUCCACCGAAUACCAGGGCUUUCUCAGAAAUUCAUCUAUAUGAAUGAUGAUGUCAUGUUUGGGACAAAUGUUUGGCCAGACGAUUUUUAUAGUCAUUCAAAGGGACAAAAAGUAUACUUGACGUGGCCUGUUCCCAACUGCGCUGAGGGAUGCCCAGGAUCUUGGAUUAAGGAUGGCUACUGUGACAAAGCCUGCAAUAAUUCAGCAUGUGAUUGGGACGGUGGUGAUUGCCUUGGAAACUCUGCGGCUGGACGAUUCUCCCCAGUUCUAGGUGGAGGUGGUGCUCUAAAUGUGCAUCCGUGGCAGCCCGGAGUUGGAAUAACCGGUGUCUCCUACUGUAACCAAGGCUGUGCAAAUUCAUGGCUUGCAGAUAAAUUCUGUGACCAGGCUUGCAAUGUUCUUAGCUGUGGUUUUGAUGCUGGAGAUUGUGGGCAAGACCAUUUUGGAGAAAUGUACAAGUUAGACCUAUAUCUCAAUCAAACACACUAUGUAAUUCCAAAAGGAGAGUCCUUCCCCUACUUUAGCUUUGCUGGUAUCGCCAAGAAGGUAGUUGAUGGUGUUUACAAAGAUAAUCCUAUUGUUCGCCAUGCUUCAAUAGCCAACAAAUGGAAAACUAUUCACUUGAUUAUGUACCCAGGGAUGAAUGCUACUGUGGUCCAUUUCAAUUUCACUUUCCAGGAUCAAAAUGAUAAAGAAUUUAAAAUGCAGAUUUAUAUGAAUGUGGAAACUACAGAGGAUCAAAAAAGAAAUGAUACUACAUCAGUGGUUGAGAAAAAGGAUGUGAUUGUCUCAACACCAACUCCAGAGGCAGAAGUCUUGUUUGAGGAUAUCCCCGAAGAAAAACGUUUUCCAAAAUUGAAGAAACAUUCAUCUGUUAAUAGCACCAAACUAGAUAUUAAUGUUCUUCAUGUGAAUGUCUCUCUUCUUCCCAAUAAGGUCCAACUUGCUCUUCAGGAACUUGAGAUGAAGCUAAGUAAUGGGGACAUAACUUUAAAAGGAUACAAUUUAUUAAAGAUGGAUCUCCUUGAACCAUUUGGUAAUUUAGCUUUUUAUAGUGAUCAUGAUUUAAAUGGAAAUAAGCAGCCACUUAAAGAUUUAACAGGUUUUCUGGCAAAGGCCAAAGAAGAGACUGAGCAGUUAGUUGGCAUGCAUACAAAUGAAACCGGAAUUAAAAACGAAAAAGCCUUUCAGAUUUCUGAAGUUAAACAAAACACAGAUGAUUUUGACCGUAAAAAUGUUAAGUCUUUAAGCAAAAACACGUCUCCAAAAAAUAAGUUAAGUAACUUAGAUAUAAAACCGCCUCAAGACAGCAAUAGUAAAGAUACCUUGAAAAAUGGACAUGAUGGUGGUCUACCGGGGAGAAAAUUGCAGCAAUACCAACCAAGAAGGGAGGGAUUUUUACCUUGGGAAAAGAAGAAGUAUUUUAAAGACAUCCUCGAUGAACAAGCUGCAUUGCUGAGUGACCUUUCAUAUAUCACCAAUAGCAAACACGUUGGCAGGAAGCUACAAGAUACAUUUGCCGACUCCCUUCGAUAUGUGAAUAAGCUUCUCAACAGUAAAUUUGGCUUUACCUCUCGGAAAGUCCCUGCUCACAUGCCACAUAUGAUUGACCGCAUUGUCAUGCAGGAUAUGCAGAAUUUGUAUCCAGCUGAGUUUGACAUGACAUCCGCUCAUAAAGUCCGUCAUUCGCAAGACAUGCAGUUUGCCUUUUCCUUCUUUUAUUACCUCAUGAGUGCUAUACAGCCGCUAAACAUCUCCCAAGUCUUCGAUGAUAUAGACACUGACGGAACAGGCAUAUUGUCUGACCGGGAGAUCCGUACUUUGGCUACAAGGAUUCACCAGUUACCUUUAAGUCUGCAAGAUCUUACUGGUUUGGAACAUAUGCUUAUAAACUGUUCCAAAACACUCCAGCUCAACAGCUCCCAGGAAAGCGUCCUUCCAGCCACACAGGAGUCCUAUUAUGACCCAAACUUGCCUCCAGUUACCAAACAUCUUGUAAUCAACUGUAAACCCGUCAUGGAGCUUAUACGUAAAACCUACAAGGACAAGAAUAAAUACAGAUUUGAAAUUAUGGGAGAGGAGGACAUUGCCUUCAAAAUGAUUCGCACAAAUGUUUCCCAUGUAGUUGGUCAAUUAGAUGAUAUACGGAAGAAUCCCAGAAAAUUUAUUUGUUUGAAUGAUAAUAUUAACCAUAUUCACAAAGAUGCACAGACCGUGAAGGCAGUUUUGAGGGACUUCUAUGAAUCAAUGUUUCCAAUCCCUUCUCAGUUUGAGCUUCCGCGAGAAUAUCGAAAUCGUUUCCUACACAUGCACGAGUUGGAAGAAUGGAGGAGUUACAGAGACAAGUUGAAAUUUUGGACUCACUGUGUCUUGGGAACAUUGAUAGUGUUUACGGUCCUCUCCUUUUUUGCUGAACAGCUGAUUGCACUAAAAAGAAAGAUUUUCCCCCGACGCAGAACUCAGAUUGGAGCGAGUCCUGAAAGAAGUAAGGUUUAAGUAAAGAGCAAUUGGAAAUGCGAUUCAGUUCUACCUCAGUUCUGGAGAAAACAGAAUCACCAAACUGUCCCAAAAGGAUGGCUUCCAAACUUGAAGCUAAAAUAGCAAAGGUGCGGGCAAAGCUCUCUGCCUGCAGGUGAUUUCCUCUUAUAAGUAUUUAUCUCAUGGCGAUAACAUCCUUCAAGCAAAUUCCACAAGAGACGUAGUUGUACUUGAAUGCAAUGUAUUUGUAAUGUUGGAAUCUAGUUAUGAGAGAACCUUCUGCUCUGGGACAGAUUGGUAAUUGAGCGUGUGACCUUUUUGAAAUACAAACAAUUCUGAAGUGACAACAAAGCUUUUCUUAUCCUUCUGGUUCACUAAAAACCGACUACUCGUACACACGCUGUGCAGAUCGAAACAAAACUGCUCUUGUUUCAAAAUGUCAUCAAACCUGGUUACUGUGAUGUCCAUUGUGUAUCUUUUUCUACAAGAUUUUGGCAGAUGUCUCACUUUUUGUGACUUGAGAUUUGUUCUAGCUUUGUUGAUAACAUCAAUACAAGUUAAGUGCCUGUGUACAGAGAAUAAGAACAUAUUGUCAGUGUUGGGAUAUAUAUUUUUAUUGUAGCGAUUUGUGUGAAUAUGAUAUCAGGGUACUUUACCCAUUAUCAGGCAUCGGAUAGCAGCAGUGUUUUUUCUUUUUUUUUUUUCUCUUCAAUUUAAUGUUUUUGAAUGACAACUGAAGGAUAUUGCCUAAGAAAAGAUUUCUUCUAAACAGAGAUUCUGCAGACCAUACUGCGAGGUUGUGCCAACACUCCAUGUCUAUUAAUUCUUUAUGGCACCUAAUGACUUUAUAGUGAAUCUAACGUGUAUGACAAGGUUGCCUUCUAUACAUUGUGCUUUUUGUACAAGACAGCCUCUGCAAUACAUAAUGGCUGCAUGCUUCUCAUUGUCGGAGCUUCACUCAUUGUUUAAGAAUGAGCCAGGCAUGUCAUUAGCAUGGAAGUGGCUUACAUGCUAAAAAAAAUAAACAAUAAAAAUCAAUUGUGGAUGAAAUUAAAUCUAUAUAUUUGCUAACAACUCUGCUAUCACGAUGUAUAGAUGGCAUUUUGUUCUGUGUAAAGUCUCCCUAUGUAACUUUUAUAUGACAUGUACACUUUAAAGCAGCUCUCUAAGUACCAUGACUAAUACAGGCUGCUGUAAUGGUUAUGACACCAGCAUGCCCAAGGCGCCAUUCCCAAAGUCUGUGUCAAACCAAUUUCAAGUAAUUUGAAGAAACCAAGGCUCUCCUGGGCAACAUGGCCAGGCCCCUUGUUUGACAUACUGCUAUUGUGGAAGUUCUACUUUAAUAUUCGCAAUCUUAAUUUUGUCCAUAUUUGGAUUGACUAAUUUCUUCUUAUAUAGCAGAGGGGUUGGUGUGGCACUGGCACCUUUGUAAUUCCUCAGAUGUAUAUGCAAAAAAUAGAAGACAGAAGAAAAGAGCUGAUAGUGUAGAAUAUUUUUGUAUUCUUUGGAGAGAUGUAAUCCGCAAGAUGUACGCUUACAAUUUUCUGGAGCUUCAAUUCAGCUCUAACAAAUGCUUGAAGCUCCAGAAAAGUGCAAGUGUACAUCUCUCCAAAGAAUACAAAAAUAUACUACACUACCAGCUCUUUUCUUCUUUGUGUCUGUCUUGUAUUUUUAGCAUAUAAAUCUGAGGAAUCACAAAGCCCCCACACAAACUCCUUUGCAAUAUUUGACUCUGACUUGUAUCGGAUAAGAGAAACACCGGAUUUGGGUGUUAAGCUGCCCCAGUGAACUGUACCAGUAUCUACGAGUGCUGAAUUACCUCUUCCUUAAUUCCUUUUCAUACCUCAUGUAGCUUGACAAUAGGAAUCUGGGUAGCUGGUAUAUGCUUCGGGGCCAUCUGGCGAAGACAUUGCAGCUUCUGCGAUAAUUCAUAAGCAGAGUCUCUUUGCUCGAAGUUUCUUCAGCCGGCAUGCCCAACCUCUGAAUGUCAUUCAAAUUUGGACAAAACAGCACAAAAUACAGAAGUGUAACGUCCAUAGUAGCGAUAUGCUUAUGUGACGUUCCAGGCCAUGGUGCUUAAGAGAAAAAAGUUUAGCACAGCACCUAGUAAGAGUGCCAGGGGCAUGCAUGCUGGCUCAAUAGCCACUGCAGCAGGCUAUAGUGGUUAUGGUACUUAGAGUGCCUUUAAGGUCACUGUGUAAAUCCUUCAGGAUAAAUAAGGAACUCAUACAUUAAGUCAUUGAUUUUUUUAUUUUAUUUAUAAUUUAUAUCACUAUCCUAUCUCUGUUGAUCAGUGAUGAGGGAAGUAAUGUUAUUUUAAUUAUAUGAAUGUACAUUAAUUGUAAUAAUGACAAGUCUGUUUCUUGAUUAAACACUGUUUGGAUGCUACUGAGUUCUAUGAAUUACAAAACUGUGUCUGUGAACAAUUGUUUGCUUUGCUACAUAUAAUUUUUUACACUGCCAAUAUAGGAUUUUUUUUUUUAACAUGAAAUAUUUGCUUGGACAGUUAAUAUAAUUAUGCUACUUUUUGAGUCUGUAAACUAUUGUACGGUGUGGGUUAAUUGUUACCCACAUCAUUAUUAACCUAGCAAUUGUCACAAACUCCAAUUUGACAAGCUAUUUCCGCUGCACAUAUAACAGAGUGUUUUAAUUAAUGCUGGGUUUUUGGGUUUUUUUUUUUGCAGGGGGAGGGCUUUACAAGAUAUCAAUGCUUUUAGUUUCUUUUCCCCAUCUGUCUUUUUAUAGAAGCAAUGAUUAUUUCCUUUUCACUUUCUCUAAGCAAGGCUAUGUAUGUUACAAGUACUUGAACUUGCUCUUCCAUAAGCUUAUUUUUGUUAUGCGAAUGUCGCAUAUCAUUGUGUAUUUUGUUGCUUUCAUUGUAACUUAAUCAAAAAUAAAUAAUGAAUGUUUCAACUUUUAA